AUGGUGGAGCUCGUUUCGUGGGAUCAGUCGCUAGCCGUGACUGACAGAGAAAGGGCUGUGGAGGCAGGAAGAACGCAAAGAAUUCUCGGCCCUUGGGCGUUCGUGAGUACGUUUCCAAAGAAGUUCGAGGCGGACAGGAUUUUCUGGGAGGAAUUCGACAAGUUCCAAACACUUCCAAUGCCGUCACCUUACGAAGACCCCGGCAACUCGGCAGAUCCAAGCAGUCUGUCUGGAGAGAAGAGACUCCUGGCAGUCUUUCACGAGCUACUCAGCCUCACGAUCGAGAAGAGAGCAUCUCUUGCAAAGUUCAAAGGAUUCAAGCAGGAGUUGCGGCUGCCAGAGUACUCAGACGCUCUGCUUGCGAGCCACCCGCGGUUUUUCUACGUCUCAGAGAGCAACUCACGCCAGAUGGCGUUUCUCCGCGAAGCUUACCGGGAGAACGAUCGGGUGUCCGUGACACGAGUAAAGGAUCCGCUGGUUACUAUAAGGAAUCGAUACAUGGGCCUGCUAAGGGUGGAGUUCAGGGAGCCGCGGGUGAAAAGGCCUUGUGUAUUUAGCACAGAUGAAAGCGAUAAUGAGGAUUGUGACACAGACGCCGCAGAUAUACCAUGA